ACCCCGCCUCCUUACGUAGCUCCUGAGGUUGUCAUGGGCAACCGAAAAAGACGCUUUCUGAGCAGACAACACCGCUAGAAGUAACGGUCCAUGUGUGGCGCUCCGUCCGCCGUGACCAAACGGAGCGUCGCUAAUUGAGAAGGACGGACAGUAACCCCCCCAGGGGACAUGGCGGUGUACUUCGACCACCGUAUCGAUGCCCCAGAAAACAGCGACCUGCCCUCUCAUCUGACAUGGCACUCGACUCUUCCCAUCCUGGCUGUGGCCUCAAGCAGCGCCGCUUCUGGUGGCAACGUGGACCUUUACCUGCAGCAGGGGGAGUUUGUGGAGAGCUGCCAUGUGGAACGAGCCCACCCGGCCGCCGUGCUGCGCUGGCAUCCCUUAAAGCCAGUGCUUGCCGUGGGGUGGGGGAACGGAGAGGUGAUGCUGCUCACACACCCCUCUGGAGAUCAGACCGUCCUGCCCAGCGUCCACACGGUCCGCGUCUCACUGCUGGAGUGGAGCGGCUCUGGCAGCCGCUUGGUAACCGGAGAUCAGAAUGGAGCUCUGGCCGUGUGGAAGUUAGAUGCCAGAGGCCGACUUUUAGGGAAUCACCUAGUCAAGCAUGAGUACAACAAGCCUUUGACCUGCUGCAUUUUCAAGCCUGCCUCUCCUGGGGAUGAUGUGGCCAUGUUAGCUCGGGCGUCAGUGAGUGGAGACGAAUCUGCGCUGGACAUGUUCAACUGGAAGGGAGCGCCGCUAAAGAUGGGCCCUCAGGAGGGACUUGGCUUCUAUGUCAGCACUUCCGAUGGAAAGGUCCAUGCUGUGGAUGAUCGGUGUAAGACAAGCCUGCUUUUUGGUGUGGAAACGUCCAUCAAGAAACUUUUCUACCUGGAGAAAAGAGACGCGCUAGCAGUUAUCACAGACGCCCUGAUGUUGUCGCAGUACACACUGGGGCCAGAAGGUGGCGCACACGAGUUUAUGAAGGUUAAGUUAAGCAGCAAAGCCGGGCAGGACGUAGACAUCAUCUGGACGGACAGCGGCCUCCUCAUCACAGCAACGGGGGAACCGACCGUCAGAAUAUGGGACCUGGAGAGAGACGACAACUACGUGUUGUCUCUGGACGAGGCUCUGGGAUUUGACAAGGGAGAGAUGAUCAACUGUGUUUCCUACUGUGCAUCCAAAGAAAUCCUGGCAGCCGGUACCUCCCAUGGCCACGUAGCAAUGUGGAAGAUGGUGAUGCAGCCGAGCAGCGGCCACAGAUCAGACACUAAAACUCUGUGGAAAUUACAGACGCCCACGGAAAUAGCUGGAAAUGUCACCCAGCUACAGUGGGGCUCCAGCCAGAACCUGCUGGCCGCCAACAAUUCACGAACGGUGCUGAUCCUUAGUGAGCAUGUGAUGUCGGCCCACUUCAGCCAGCAGGUGGCAGCAGUGCAGCUCACCCCCUCACAGCUCAGCAUCGCUCACUUCUCUGCCGCAGUGACGCUUCCUCUACAGAGUGACAUGCACAUCAGGGGAGUGUGCGUCAGCAAGGACUCAGUGACUGUCUGGAGUGGGAAACUUGUCUCUGUGUAUGAGCUCUCGGCGACAGGUUUGCACAUUACAGGAUCAUUUCUCUGUGAUUCCCCGGUUGUUGCCGUACACGACGAGAACCUUUACACCGUGGAGCCGAGCAGAGUGCAGAUCCGUACGCCGCAGGGCACUGUGAAGCAGCUUCUGACGUUCUCCAAAGCAGAGGGAAACCCCGUGCUGCUCCAUGUGUGCCAGUCGUUCCUGGUCGUAGGUACAGACACGGCACACAUCAGAGUCUACAGCCUCUCCAGAAGAGAUGCCAAAGCUCACUGCGGCGCCAAGAAUCUGGCCGACCACGUCACCAAUCUGGGCGCCCUGAGGUCCGUCAGGUGUAACGCCAACGGCAGCCAAGUCAGCUUUUUGAUCUCUCAGGUCAACGGACGACCCGAUCACAAAGUGUACUUUUACGACAUUGAGAUGGACACCGUGACCCACUUUGACUUCUUCACUGGCAGACCGUCCAGUGGCGUCUCACCGCCAGACGAAAGCAACAAGCAAAAGUUUCCAGAAAACGAAUUCAGCGGUCGCUUUCCUGUGUCUCACCACUGGGACGAGACCGAGCCUCGCCUCUUCGUUUGUGAGACCAUCCCGGUCGGCUCUGAAAAGUCAGCGCACGGUUACUCAGAUUUGGAGGACGUGUCGGUGGUGACGCUCUUCUGCACCCAGGAGCACGGACUCCUGCUGCAGGACUGUUUCUCCAAACCUGCCGGCCUUCAGGCCCUCCUCGCCCUGGAUGUGCCCUACUAUUAUUUUAGCUGCAAGCUGUUAUGUCGGAAAGGUGGUGUGUUUCUCCCAGAACCGGGCGAGGGCCGUCCCGGCACCGCAGAGGCUUCGCCGCCUGCAGAUCAGGGCGAGCCGGCGAGUGGGGCUCCCGCUGCGGCCCCCCAGAUGGUGUCCAGACGACCCCUGAGGGACUUUGUGGGUCUGGAGAAGUGUGAGAAAGUCACCCGGGACGCCAUGCUGAACUUCAGCUUCUACCUGACCGUCGGCGACAUGGACGAAGCCUUCAAGUCCAUCAAGCUCAUCAAAAGCAAAGCAGUGUGGGAAAACAUGGCCCGCAUGUGCGUGAAGACCCGCCGGCUGGACGUGGCCCGAGUGUGCCUGGGCAACAUGGGCAAUGCCAGGGCGGCCAAAGCCGUGAAGGAGGCCGAGGCCGAGCCUGAACCAGAAGCCCAGGUGGCCAUGCUGGCCAUUCAGCUCGGCAUGCUGGAAGAUGCAGAAAAGCUGUACAGGAGCUGUGGCCGCUACGACCUCCUGAACGCCUUCUACCAGGCGUCCAGCGAUUGGCAGCAGGCUCUGGAGACGGCCGAGACGCACGACCGCAUCCAUCUGCGCACCACCUACUACAACUACGCCAAAUACCUGGAGUCCAUGGGCCACAGGAAUCUGGCCCUCGUUUAUUAUGAGAAAUCGGACACGCACCGAGUCGAGGUGCCCAGGAUGCUCCAGGAGGACACGCCGUCUCUGGAGAUUUACGUCAACAAGGCUAAAGAUAAGAACAUCUAUAAGUGGUGGGCCCAGUACCUGGAGAGCCAGUCGGACAUGGAGCGAGCGCUGCAGUUCUAUGAGCGGGCUCAGGAUUACCUCUCCCUGGUCCGAGUCCACUGCUACAUGGGCGACGUUCAGGAGGCGUCUCAGAUAGCCAACAACACCGGGGACAGAGCGGCGUCGUACCACCUGGCCAGACACUACGAGGGCCACGACGACAUCAAGCAGGCGGUCCACUUCUACACGCGGGCCCAGGCCUACAACAACGCCAUACGCCUCUGCAAGGAGAACGGCCUGGAUGACCAGCUGAUGAACCUGGCUCUGCUCAGCAACCCAGAGGACAUGAUGGAGGCCGCCUGCUACUACGAGGAGAAGGGCAAACACAUGGACCGAGCCGUGGCGCUCUACCACAAGGCCGGCUACGUCUCCAAAGCUCUGGAGCUGGCGUUCGCCACCGAGCAGUUUGCCGCCCUCCAGCUCAUCGCGGAGGAGCUGGACGAAAACUCCGACCCCGCCCUCCUCAGCCGCUGCUCAGACUUCUUCGUCCAACACUCCCAGUACGAGAAGGCCGUGGAGCUGCUGGCAGCAGCCAAGAAGUACCCUCAGGCCGUGGAGCUGUGCUUCAGCCACAACCUGACCAUCACUGAGGACCUCGCUGAGAGGCUGACUGUGACUGACUCCAAGGAUCUGUCUCAGGAGGCCUGCAGGGAGGUGCUGGAGAAGAUCGCCGACUGCUGCAUGAGUCAGGGCAACUACCACCUGGCCACAAAGGUGUACACACAGGCGGGCAACAAGCACCGGGCCAUGAAGGCGCUCCUCAAGUCGGGCGACACCGAUAAAAUAGCGUUCUUCGCCAACGUUUCUCGACAGAAAGAGCUUUUCAUCAUGGCUGCCAACUAUUUCCAGUCCCUGGAUUGGCGCAAUAACCCGAAGAAUCUGAAGCGGAUUAUUGAGUUCUACACUAAGGGCAAGGCGCCGGACCUGCUUGGUGGCUUCUAUGAAGCCUGUGCUCAGGUGGAAAUCGACGACUACCAGAACUAUGAAAAGGCUCUGGAUGCUUUAACGGAGGCUUUCAAGUGUUUGUCCAAAGCAAAGGACGCUUCUGGUGGGCAGCAGGAAUUAAAGAUGGCCGAGCUGCAGCAAAAGAUCGUUCUCAUCCAGAAGUUCGUCCACAUCCGCAGGUUGUAUCCCGAUGAUCCGGACGAGGCGGUGAGGCUGUGUGAAGCCUUGCUGGAGGAACCGGAGUUGGACCCGGCCGUCAGGAUAGGGGACGCCUUCGGGUUCCUGAUCGAGCACCACGUUCAGCAAGGCCAGCUGCAAACGGCCUACCAGAGGCUGGAGGAGCUCCAGAAGCUGCUGCCGCCUCAGAGCAUCCGGUUCUACAUCAGCGCGGCCAGCCUGGACGCCCUGCAGAAGGAGCUGGGCUUCCCCUCAGACAGCGGCGACCACAGACACGUCCUGAGGGACGAAGACGACGAGGUGGAGGAGGACCUGACCGUUUGAUCGCUCUCUCUGCGUCUCCGACCGGAAAAGACUGUGAAGCAGCUUCUGUGUUCGUCUAGUAGCCAAAAACACAGAAGCCUGUCGCAGUUAAUCGUCGCAUAAACGCUGGUUUACAAACAAAACAAAGUUAUCCAGAUUUACUCUACGAGAAGAUUUCUGGUUCGUUUCAUAUUAGAAAAAAACAACCUACCUGGAAAACCUUUUUGCUUCUAAAAGCAACUUUUUACAGACCAUCUGAACAUAAUCAUAAUAAACAUUUAUCAUCCACAGAAGGGAGACAAUCUGCAUAACUCGCGUUGAUUCUUGAAUCCUUGGUUGAUUGGGUUUAAAUGAGCCUUCGCAAAGAUUGUUUGUGAAUAGAGAUGAUGGACUUUGAGCUAAAUCUGUCUCUGAAUGUCGCUGUGAGUCGUCUUUAGAUUUGUCUUCAUGUAUUUUGUACAAAGUGUUUUAACUUGUCUGAUGGGAGCAUGUUCCCUGUGUCAAAAAAUCUCUUUUAAAGUAUUUUACAGAUAUUUUUGAUAAAGCCAAAGGCCAGCACGUCUCGAUACGUUCUUCUAAAUAAACCGUUCCAGAAAAGAAAGUGAA